AUAAAAAGCAAAGAAUCAUUUUCUGCUACUUAUAAAUUAACGAAGCCGCGCCUCUCUCGAUCUCUGGUCUCUUGUCUUCUCACCAUUUCCACCAAUCACUUCCUCCUCUUUCUCUCUCUCUCUCAGAUCUGCACUUACCAAAAAUUCUCCUGCUCAUCUGCAUCCUUCAUAUCACCAUGGUUGGAGCUCAAGAAUCUGAUCAAUCAUUUGCAAUGGCUGAAAAAUUCGACAUCUUGUCUGAAGGCUUUGAUCCAACGACUGUGGUCCCGGAACCUUUACCUUUGCCGGUAACAAACGGAAGCGGGGCAGAUCACGAGGAGAAUCUGAAAAAGACGAAGGUGAUAAACGGAGGAGGAGAAAGAGAAAUGGUUCUGGGCAGGAAUGUGCACACGACUUCCCUUGCCGUGACGGAGCCAGAGUCCAACGACGAAUUCACUGGAGACAAAGAAGCAUACAUGGCUAGCGUUCUCGCUCGUUACCGGAAAACUUUGGUCGAACGAACCAAAUAUCAUCUAGGUUAUCCAUAUAACUUGGAUUUCGACUACGGUGCGCUUGGGCAAUUGCAGCAUUUUUCCAUCAACAAUCUUGGAGAUCCGUUUAUCGAAAGCAACUAUGGUGUACACUCCAGGCCCUUUGAAGUUGGCGUAUUGGAUUGGUUUGCUCGCCUUUGGGAGAUAGAGAGAGAUGAUUAUUGGGGUUACAUCACAAAUUGUGGUACAGAAGGAAACCUUCACGGCAUUUUAGUUGGGCGAGAAGUGUUUCCUGAUGGGGUUUUGUAUGCCUCGAGUGAAUCUCAUUACUCUGUGUUUAAAGCAGCCCGUAUGUAUCGGAUGGAGUGUGAGAAGGUUGAUACGCUUAUCUCAGGGGAGAUUGACUGUGAUAAUUUCAGACGGAAGCUGUUGGCAAACAAAGAUAAACCAGCGAUUCUUAAUGUUAACAUAGGAACAACUGUUAAAGGAGCUGUUGAUGACCUGGACCUUGUGAUCAAAACUCUUGAAGAGUGUGGCUUCUCACAUGACAAGUUCUAUAUUCACUGCGAUGGAGCGUUGUUUGGACUUAUGAUGCCUUUUGUCAAACGUGCACCAAAAGUCACGUUCAAUAAAUCAAUAGGGAGUGUGAGUGUGUCGGGCCACAAAUUUGUCGGAUGCCCAAUGCCAUGCGGUGUUCAGAUAACAAGAAUGAAACACAUCAAAGUCCUCUCUAACAACGUCGAGUACCUCGCUUCUAGGGAUGCAACAAUCAUGGGAAGCCGAAACGGGCAUGCUCCUUUGUUCCUCUGGUACACCUUAAACCGGAAAGGGUACAAAGGAUUCCAGAAAGAGGUUAAGAAAUGCCUGAGAAACGCGCAUUACCUCAAAGACCGACUCCGUGAAGCUGGGAUCAGCGCGAUGCUCAAUGAGCUUAGCAGCACUGUGGUCUUUGAACGUCCCAAGGAGGAAGAGUUUGUUAGAAGGUGGCAGCUUGCUUGCCAAGGCGAUAUAGCUCAUGUGGUGGUUAUGCCAAGUGUUACAGUAGAGAAGCUCGAUCAUUUUCUCAAGGACCUGGUCGAACACAGAUUGGUUUGGUAUGAGGACGGAUCUCAACCACCAUGCCUUGUAAAAGAUGUAGGAAUCAACAACUGCAUCUGUCCAGCUCACAAGUAACCGCACAAUUUCCUACCAUGUGUUUGGUAUUUCUUAUGUUAUUUGGUUUAAAUUUCUAUCUCCGUUGUAGUCACGAAUUUCAGUGUCAAACGUUUGUUAGUUUCUU